AUGAAGCGUCACCGCACGUCGGGAGGCGGCAUAGGGCCGUCGUCGCCCUUCGUUCCGGAGCACAUCAAGCGGCCGGCGCGGCUCACCGGGGAGAGCCUGCGCCUCAGCCUCGAGGUGCCGUCCGCGCUGGACGCCGCGGGGAGCGCGCCGUUCGGGCGCAAGGUGGUCAGCGAGAUCGACGACUCCGGGACCGUCCCGCACAGCGCCAAGGGGCCGUCCCCGUCGCGCCCGUUCCCGGGGUUCGGGGGCGACCUCCCCUCGGCGCGUGUCGAGCCCGCAGGCGCCCCCGCCCCGGCGUUCGCGUUCAACGGCAAGUUCGCGUCUCGCACGCCCGCGCGGGAGCUCACCAUCUCGCCCCACGACGGCACGGUGCCCUUUGGCUCCCCCCUCGACUACCUCACGCCCACGGGGGACCCGUCGCCCGCCUGCGCAGGACUCGGUGCGCGGAAGCGCGCGCCGCUGGUGAGCGCGGAGAACCACCAGCCCGGGCGGCUCGUCGCGACGUCGUCCGACGCCGCGCGCGCGGACGCGGAGACGCGCCGGCGCAUCAAGUGGACGGGGUGGCAGGCCGGGGACGUGCCCGAGGCCGGCGCCGAGCCCGUCGUCGCCGAGGGGCCGCUGCCGCCCACGGUGCGGUCGCGCGUGCUCGCGGAGCGCACCGCGCGCUGCUCGGACCCGCUCGCGCUCGGUGGCGGCGCGUCCGCGGCCGCCCUGCUGGCCGCCAAGGCGGUGCCGCGCACCCCCGGGGGGCUCGCCGGCGCGGUGCCGACGUCGCGGUUCUCGGGGCAGCGCGUGGACUCCGGCACGGCGGCGAACCUCGCGCAGGCGAUGGCGAACCUCGAGGCCGGGUCGUGCGGCGACCGGGACGCGUCGCGCGCGACGGGGGCGCAGCACGCGCCCGACACGGACGGCGACGCCCCCAUGCUGCUCGCCGAGGGGGAAGCCGAGUCGCCGGAGCGCCCCGACGCGAUCCUCGCGCCGGGCCCCGCGGACGCGCACCUCGCGCGGCACCGCACGACGUCGGGGUGCCAGUCCGCGCACCAGCCGGGCGGGGGGGUGAUUGGUGCGGGCGUGGGCGUGGGCGUGGGCGUGGGCAUGUGCGUGGGCGACCCCGACGGCAUGGUGUGCGACGGGGACGUGGGGGAGCCGGGGCGGUGCGCGGACGCGUCGGCGCACGAGCCGGGGCGCGUGGCGUCGAGCUCGAUGACGGAGACGAGCCCGGAGAAGCCGGAGACCCCCCGGGGGGUGUUCUCUCUGCACGCCUUCCCGCGGUGGACGCCCGCACGGCUGCGCCGCAGCAGCAACCACUUCCUCUCCCCGGGCGCGGUCCUGCACGCGCGCACGCCCUCCAUGGGCGCCGCGUCCGACGAGGGCUCGGACGGCUUCCGCAUCAACCGCUCGAGGCAGUACGAGCGCGACGGCGUGAGCCCCAGCCCGCUGGCGGCGGUCACGCCGGGGUCCGGGUCCGGCGCGCCGCUGCAGCGCGCGGGGUCCACGCCGUCGCCCAUGGACCUGAUCCGGCGCGCCGCGCGGCGCCACAGCGUGGGCUCGAUGGACGACUCCCCCGCGCUGCCCGCGGACUCGGUGGGCACGGUGGGGACGGCGGAGCGCGCGUGCGCGGGGGCGGCGCGGCGGCGGGCGGCGCGGAAGAAGGGCGCGGGCCUCGACGACGAGCUGAGCGAGGCCGAGCGCGCGCGGCUGUUCCAGGAGCUCGUCGCGCACCGGCAGCAGCAGGCGGCGGCGGCGCCGGCGUCCACGGUGGUGACGGGCCCCUCGGCGGCGCCCAUCGCCGUGCCGGACGACUUCCGGAGCCCCGAGCCGGCGCCGCUGAUGUGCCGCGUGCCGCAGAGCCAGAUCCGGCCGUCGGACGGGCGCAUCGCGCGGCAGGUGGCGGGGCGCGCCAAGCGGCUGGUCAUCAUCCGCCACGGGGAGAGCGAGUACAACCACGCCAUCAACCACAGCCGCGAGUGGGCCGACCCCAUCAUGUUCGACCCGGACCUCACCGACCGGGGCCUCCAGCAGUGCGCCAAGCUCCGCGAAGAGCUCACCAAGGAGGCGGCGAUCCCGCCCGACGCGCUGUGGGUGUGCUCGCCGCUCACGCGCGCGGUGCAGACCAUGCUGCGCAUCCUCGACGUGGUCCCGGAGUCCGCGGUGCCCAGGCGCACGCACCAGCCGUCGAACCAGCACGACCGCAACCGCGAGCCCCUGUACCCGGAGCCCUGCUGCGCCUGCCACCCGGCCAACGCGCAGGCCGACGCCGACAUGCCCGACGCCGCGGACGCGGACGAGGUCGCGGACGCGGAGGAGGUCGCGCCGCCCGCGCAGCGACCUCCGCGGCCCCCGGGGAAGCCGCCUCUCGCCCGCAUGAAGUCGCUGGGGCACUCGGCCCGGGGGUUGGGCGGGGGCAGCCACAGCGCGCGGGAGACGCCGCGCCCCGCGCGGUGCCUGAGCGCGCAGUGGAGCGCCAGCGAGGCCGCGGGCGCCCCCGCGACCACCACGUCGCACUGCGGCAUGACGCCGAUCUUCGCGGGCCUGCAGUUGCGGUCGAGCUCCGCGGGCGGCGACGAGGGCGCGCGGGACCACCGCACGGCGGACAUGGACGCGGCGAUCGACGACCCGUUCGAGCCGGACGCGUCGCGGCGGCCGUGGAGCGAGCACGCGGGCGAGAUGAACUUCGAGAGCGCAACGAGCGCGCACGGCGCGGACGCCGCGCCACGAGAGCCGCAGCACGGCGCCGCGGAGUCGAGCGGGCAGGGGCGCUACGGGUGCCGCUGCGACUGCCAGUGCCACCGCGUGCACGCCGCGCUGCCCCGCGUGAUGAUCCUCCCGCAGAUCUCGGAGCAGGUCCUCAGCACGGGCGACAUCGGGCGGCCGCGCGACGUCCUCGAGCGCCUCUUCGCGUCGUGCCUCCCCGAGGAGUGCUUCGACCCCCUCGGCAACGCCCCCACCUGGUGGUUCAACCCCCAGCCCGUGAAGAAACCCAACCACGGGCUCCACGAGGAGUUCCACUCGGAGGAGUCGGCGGCGCACUGCCGGCAGCGGUGCGAGAACUUCCUGGCCUGGGCGCAGCAGCGCCCCGAGAAGGUCAUCGUGGCGGUGGGCCACUCGACGUUCUGGAAGUGUUUCCAGUCGCGGGGCGGCGUGGCAAGCACGUGCUCCCUCACCAACUGCGAACUCAUCAACCUCGCGAUCUAA